GAUCCAACAAAAAGUGUACAGUUACCGUCGGACAAUCCCGUUUCGUUUGUCUUCUAUCACAUAAAAAAAGUUGGAGUCAGUAAUCCUAGAUGCGUUUAUUGGGAAACACAGACAAACUCAUGGAGCCAAGAUGGGUGUACUUUGGUGGCGACAUCAAAAGAUAGCACAAAUUGCUCGUGCACUCAUCUCACUAGUUUUGCUAUCCUUAUGGAUAUCACAGGAAAUCUUGAGGGUUCACUUGACGAGGUGUCUGCUGAAGUACUAGACAUUGUAUCGAGUACUGGAUGUGUGUUAUCUAUUAUAUGUCUGAUCUUCUGCAUUCUGGUUUUCACAUUUUUCAGAUCGUUGUGGAAUGUCAGAAACAUGAUACAUCGGAAUCUUUGCAUUUGUCUUCUGGUAGCUGAGCUUGUGUUUGUGGUUGGUAUUGAUCGCACAUUUAACAAGGGCCUUUGUUCAGCAAUCGCUGUAAUUCUGCAUUACAUUUUUUUAUGUGCCUUCUGCUGGAUGCUUCUGGAAGGAUAUCAACUUUAUCUAAUGCUAAUUCAGGUUUUUGAGCCGGACAAUGUGAAACUGCUGCUUUGCUAUUUGUGGUCUUAUGGAUUUCCUGCGAUAAUUGUAGCAGUUAGCGCUGGAGUAGCAUGGGAAAAUUAUGGAACUUCAAAUUAUUGCUGGUUGAACGUCAAGACACCUGUUAUUUGGGCAUUUGCUGGACCUGUUCUAGUGGUAAUUAAUAUUGUAUUUCUUGCUAUCGCAUUUAAAGUGGUCUUGUCAAUCAAAAGCCGAGAUCGCAAUCGUAUAGAGCGCAUUUUUGGUUGGCUAAAAGGUUCCGCUACUUUGUUGUGCCUUCUCGGCGUUACCUGGAUUUUCGGAUUUCUGAUGGCUAUUGACGAAACAACAAGAGUGUUCGCAUAUAUUUUCACAGUCCUCAAUUGCACACAAGGGAUCUUUAUUUUUGUACUCCACGUGUUCCUGAACGAGAAGGUCCGUGCAACCGUUAUUCGCUUUCUGCGAACCGGACUUUGUUGCGCUGAUCGCAGUUCAGCAUAUAACAGUAAAAGUUACAUCAGUAGUCGUCAGAAGUUUAUGGAUAUUCUGAAGCCGAGCGACAGUUCGAACAGUGACAACCAACGCUCAACAGACAGCACGGGAUUAACGGCUCGAACUUCACCUCCGAGUACUCCACCGAAUCCCCUCAUAAGUCCACCUCCUCUUGCUGAAGAACGCGAAAAUGAAAAGGAGCCGGUUGAGAAAUCGAUUGUAAAAGAUCUUGAUGUUAGAGCCUACUCAUUGAACAACGUGGAUACUAAAAAAUUCGCACCGGAAAAAUGUAGGGAAACACGACGAACAGCACCAGUUCGAAGGAAGAAAUUCCCACUCGGUAUGACAGAGCGGGAUCGAGGAUCUCUAUCUCAAAAUGGAUCUGUUAUCAUUCAGAGAUUCUGA